UUUAUAAAGCAGAUAAACAGUGUAGUAUGGGAAAUGUAUUAGUUAUGCCAGUAUAUCAUUGUUAAGCCGGAUACAAAUUCCAGCUUUGAGCUAUUUUUAAAUGCAGAAUCGUGGCAUCUUAUCUCUGAAUUUUGCACCUUAUCCACAAAACACGAUGAGAAAAAUGGUACAAUUCCCAAAUCUUCCUCUUGACAAAAUUUUAAGGAUUUCUGUAAUACCCUCAUUUGUUCGGAAAGUAUGUGAUGUUGUUUUAAAUUUAUGUGUGAGAAUAAUUAUCUUAAGAUCUGCAUUUUAGGCUACAGGUUAAAAAUGCCACACAAGAAGCAACCAUCAAACAUCAAGCGGCCCAGAUUCAAGAUCUUGAGAACAACAUGAUAAAGACAAGUUUGUUGCAAGAGGCAAAGGAUCGAGAGGCAAAGGACAUAAGAUAUGCGGAGAAGACGCUAGAAGUGCAAAAUGCCAGGGCAGAAGAAACCAUCAAACAACAAGCGGCCCAAAUUCACAAUCUUCCGAGCAACUUGUUAAAGACAAGUUUGGCUGAUGUCCUUACAACAGAACUGGAAACUACAUCUUCAAAAUAUCUACACCUGGAUGCAAAAAAUCAAGUUCUUCAAGAGUCAUUAUCAAUGAGAGCUUUCAAAGAAGAAUGUGAAAAACUAGAGAGCAACAACAAGAAGUUACAGCAAGAAGUAGUAAAAUUGAAACAAUUUAUGGAAAUGAAUAUGGUACAACGCAGUCAAGUGGAGCAGUAUAAACAGGAGAUUGAAGAAAGAGCACGACUGGACAUAGUAGAAAAAUUACACGAAGUCAACCUGUUUUUACAGGCACAAGCAGCAGCUCGACAAAACUUGGACCAGUUAAGAGAAAAUGACCAUGCUUCAAUGAGAAAUCAAAUGGAACUUAGAAUUAAAGAUCUGGAAUCUCAGGUCUCUACAAUGAAGACUUCUCAAGAUUCUACUAAAACAGAGUUGGAAACCUACAGGCAACUCUACCUAGAAGAAUUAAAACUUAUAAAGUCCUUGAGAAAUAAGCUGAACAGGGCUAAGGAGAGACUGUCAGAGAGCAAUACAAAUUUUCUUGUGGAGAGACAGCAGCACCAAACUUUACUCAGGACCCUUACUAUGAGCCCAGGCCUGGAACCACCUUAUUGUGGACAUUUUGAAAAUAAUUUAGUGCUCAAUGGAAACCUUACUCCAAGAGGAAACUUAGUGAUUCCUACCUUAAACCCACGGCCGUCAUAUGACGACAGGGAGGCUUCCUUGUGGAAGAUGCGGCAGGAGUUGGAGGAAAGAAUAACCAGAGCACUAGAAGAAGAUGCUACCAAAUUUGAAUGAGGAUCCUGUAGAAAUCCUUUAGUAUCUACUGAUGAUUCAAUUCUAAAUCAAGAUCCAGUAUGGAAAGCGUCACGAGAAUAUGUACAGAUUUUGAACAAAAAUUAUAUGAUUUGAAUAAUAAAUAGAAAAAAUUUACUGGAUGCUUACCAAACAUUUUCAUUGUUUCCCAAUUGAACACACUAUAUGGCAAAGUCUUGAUUAAAGGAAAAUGUUUUUGUAUCAUA